AUGCAGAAAAACAUUUAGGCUGAUACAAGACUAUAAGGGAUAUUUUUUAUUAAGCCAGAAAUUCCAGAUCCUAAAAAACAAUAAACUAUUCAACCUUAGUAACCUUUAUUUAAGAAAGAGCUUUCAGCUAUGAAAUUAGAAUAGGAAUUGAAGGCAAAAAUUGCUCAGGAAUGUGGAGCUAGAUGUAUGAAUCAUAGAGUGAAAGAGACAGAUGACAUCCAGUAUUUAGAAUCACAAUAUCAAAAUAUCGAUUUCUAAUAAACUGGACACAGUGAUAAAUACAAUCUGAGCUACGGAGAAAGACUAUGUCUGAGUAGAUGCUACAAACAGAGAGACGAAAGUUCUCCUAAAGAGUAAAAAUGGAGAAGAGAUAUGAUGUAUAUUCAAUUUUAAGUUUUACAAAUUUUAGGACAUGAUCCAAACAGGGAAAGUCAAAUAAGGACACUUGAUCAAUAUGCUGAUAAAUUCCUUGAGAGGCAAAAGAGAAUUAUGGAUUAUAAGCAGGAGUAUUAAACGUAUAAAGGACAUAAAACCUCACUUGCCAUUAAUCAAGCUUAAACGUUAAACGAGAGUCAAGGAUUAUUUAAUUUCUUCUCACCUCAUCACAAUUUGAAUAAGCAAGCUGAUAGUUACAACCAAAAAGGUGGAAAAAAUUUCUUAUAAGAGAGAUAUAAGGACUUAGAUGAUUUAAAAAGUAUUUAUUUAUGGGGAGAACCUGGUUGUGGCAAGACUUUCAUUAUGGAUUUAUUUAAUGACUCUCUCAAUAUUGAGGCCAAGAAGAAACUUCACUAUAAUGAGUUCAUGCUAGAAGUUCAUAAGGAGGAGCAUAAAUUGAACUAAAAACUAAAAAACUAAAGUCAAGAUACCAUUUUAACUGUUGGAAAUGGUUUCUGUAGAGAUAUUACUUUUUUCAGUAUAGAUGAAUUUUAGGUACUGGACAUAGCUGACGCAAUGAUACUGAAAAGAUUGUUUGAAUCAUUCUGGGAAAAUAAGCUCUUAAUACUUUUUACAAGCAAUAGACCUCCUGAAGAUUUGUAUCUAAAUGGGUUGCAGAGAUAUUUAUUUAUGCCAUUUAUUGACCUUAUAAAAGAAAAGUCUCAUGUAAUUAACAGAGGAGCUCCUAAGAUGAUAGAAGUAGCCUAAGGAAGAUAAAUGAUGAUUCCAAAGGAAGCCAAGAGAGUUGCUGAAGUUGAAUUCUCUGAACUAUGCGAUUAGCCCAAAGGCAGCACAGAUUUCAUGGCUUUGGCAUAAGCUUUUAAUACAAUAAUAAUUAGAAAUGUUCCUCAGCUAUCAUUGGAAAGAAGAGACAUAUUAAGAAGAUUUAUUCUACUUAUUGAUCAACUAUAUUUCUACUAGAGGAAGGUUAUCAUCGAAGCAGAGUAGCCUAUUGAAAAUAUGUUUGAAAAACCUAAAGAAAAGACGUAGUUUGAUGAAGAAUUUGCAUUUGAAAGGUGUAUAUCCAGAAUCAAGGAAAUGCAAACUCUAGAAUAUCAAGAGAAAGCCAUUAUGAAGGAUAAAUCAUGA